GCUUACAAUCUCUGCGGCUGGCUGGACAAGAGCCCAGAUCAGCAGCGCUGGAAGGGCGACGAAAUCGUUGCAACGAAUUAUGUUGAAGUCGGCAUCAAGUUGCCAAAGGUGCCUGGCCUCACGAACAUCAUGGAGUUCUUCGUGAAGAGUUAUGGCACGCAGCAUGAUCCCAAGCACAAUGCUUUCAAGAACAGCUACCGCGGCUCAAUUCUUGAAAGAUUUUCGGUUGGUCUCCUGCAUACUUUAUAA